GCACUACUCAUCAUCACAGUAAUUCUUCCCUUUUGAUUCAAAAAUGGGAACUGAGCUUAUCUCAAUUAUUAACACUAAGUAUUGCAAACCUGCUCCUAUCAAUAUAAAGAUUGAAACCGACAAGGGUGUCGCAUACAUCAACAACGAAGUCAUUUUUCGUAUUCAUGAACCUUCUUUCUCACUCGAUAAGGACCGUCGUGUUAUAUACGAUGUUUCUGGAAACCCUGUUUUCACUCUAUCAAAGAAGAUAAUAUCGAUGCAUGAUAGAUGGAGAGUUUUCAAAGGCCAAAGCACAAAUUCCAGUGAUUUGCUGUUUUCAGCGAAGCGAUCAACGUUUUUAAUCCCAGAAAAGAAGAAUAUUGAUCUUAAUGUGUAUCUGGCUAAAAAUACCAAAGAAAGUGUGUGGGACUUUAAGGUUUGCGCUGGUGCUGAGAAAAGGUCUUGCGAUAUUUGUGCUCAUGGAUCGUCUACCCUUCUUGCCAAGGUUAGUCAAAACUUGUUUAGAAUUUAUCAAAAUAAUUUUCUGGAUAAUUCCUGUUAUGCUUGCUUAACGUCGAAACUCAGGCUUCGUUUCAGUGGGAACACAUGACCAUAUCAGCAAGUUGUUAAUUAAUAGGUUGCUAUAGACAAUAGUAACAGUUAAGAUCAUCAACUCAGCACUUGGUUAACGCAAAAAUAUCAAUGAAUAUAAUAGCCACUAAUAUUAUGUAUUUUAUUUUAGGUGUC